UCUUGAUCAGCCUUUUCGCAACAAGUUCUUUUUCAUCAACGCACCUCCGUCGCCAUUGGAAUUUCAUCAUGAGUCCUGCUGCUGUCAACGGCGACGCCGUUGUAGGCUCUGAUGGCCCGAGACAGAAGGGCAAAGCGACGCCCGACACCAUAAAGGUCGGAUGCAUCGCAAUGGUAGAGAAGGAUGGGAAGCCGCGUCGGGCCGAAAUCCUCAGUAUAAAGGAGACCAAGAGUGGCCGCCAAUUUUACUGCAACUUCGACAACUUCAACAAGCGACUCGACGAAUGGGUGCCUCUCGUCCGCAUAGACUUCGACCAAGAUGUCGAAUGGCCCAAUCCAGAAAAAGAUAAGCAGAAGGACGGGAAGACAAAGAAAGCGUCGACUGCGCCGGGAAAGAAGACACAGACAGUAAAGAAGACACAGAAGAGAAUUGGCAAACGGGAGCAAUCCGUAGCGUCCGAAGGGCAAACACCGCAUCCCUGGGCGGAAUUCGUCGAAUCGCAGUCUCAGAGGAAAGGCACGCCGAAGGUCGAUGAUGGCGAUGACAAGGUCAUGGCGAGUCUGGACAUCAGUGCCACCCCAGGGACUGGUGCGGAUGAGAUGGAAGUCGACGAGGACGAGACCCCUGCCGGAGUAGCAAAGAGGGAUCGGGCGCCGUCUUUUAGCAGAGAGGAAGAAAUUGAAAAGCUCAGAACUUCGGGUUCGAUGACACAGAAUCCGGCCGAGAUCUCGCGUAUUCGGAACAUAUCCAAGGUCGAAUUCGGAAGAUACAUCCUGUUCCCAUGGUACUUCUCGCCAUAUCCCGAAGUCUUCAGUCAGGAAGACUGCAUUUUCAUCUGCGAGUUCUGCUUGAGCUACUAUGACGAUCUGAAGUCGUUCGCGCGGCAUCGACGCAAGUGCACGUUGCAGCAUCCCCCCGGGAACGAGAUCUACCGCGAUGAUUACGUCUCCUUCUUCGAGAUCGAUGGGAGAAGGCAGCGUACGUGGUGUCGGAAUCUUUGUCUUCUCUCAAAGAUGUUUCUCGACCACAAGACGUUGUACUAUGACGUUGACCCAUUCUUGUUCUACGUCAUGACGACCCGGGAUGAGAAGGGCUGCCAUCUCAUCGGCUACUUCUCAAAGGAAAAGGAGAGCGCAGACGGGUACAACGUCGCUUGUAUCCUGACCCUGCCGCAGUAUCAGCGGCAAGGUUAUGGUCGUCUGCUGAUUCAAUUCUCCUACGAGUUAUCCAGGAUCGAGAACAAGCUGGGUUCGCCUGAGAAACCGCUAUCCGAUCUGGGGCUCCUGAGUUACCGGCAAUAUUGGUCGGAGAAUAUUGUUGACAUCCUUGCGGGCUACAACGAAAGGGAAGAGAAGUGCACAAUCGAAGGAAUAGCAUCGCAACUUGCCAUGACCACCCAAGACGUGGAGCAUACGUUGCAGGCGCUGAAGAUGCAAGUGUACCAUAAGGGGGAACACAAGAUCGUGCUGCCUGACAAUUUGCUCCAAAAAUGGGAGAAGGCGAAACUGAAGCAGAGGCGGAUUAUCGAUCCCGAGCGGAUCCAGUGGAAGCCGCCGGUCUUCACGGCGUCUAAUCGGACAUGGGGAUGGUAAGAGUCGAGGGUUUGGAAUGCGUGGUCAAUAUGUACACACAAAAUGUUGGAGUUUAAGCAUGCUGUAGAUACCCCUUUACUGAGUUGCAUCAUGUGCUUCCUCUGCAUUGCUGUGAACUCCUGACGCGGGGCAGUUACCCCUGAACCUGGUCUGUGCUGGCACUUUGUGCCUGCA